GAGUCCCUACGUCACUAGACUAGCUCGCGGAAAUCCCAACUCGCUAGAUUUAUUACUUCCUCAUUAUCGUGCUGUGGACUGAUCAACAGUCGACGAAAAUCAAACCAAAAGCUUUGUGUGACCGGUCCCAGUUACACAGUCAGAACGAUUUUUAAGAAAGGCAUUGAAACUGAAGAAGGCAGCGUUUCAGUUAAUCAUUAUGUCUUGUUGUGGAAAUAAGUCUUUCCAGGCCAUCGUCCUUGUUGCUUGUGUUUUUGUUUUGAUUGCGCCAGCGCCAAGCUCUUCGACAGUGGCAGAACACCUCAACGCAAAAGACAAAACAGAUCAUGUCGACUGCCACUCUCUAAUGAAAGCGGGAUAUAAUGUGUCAGGAGUGUACCGCCUGAAGCUGAAUCUCAAAGAUGUCUCGGUGCCCUGUGAAUUUAGAGGCGGCAAUGCAUACGCACUGAUUCUGCAGCGUGUUCAUGGCAGUAUCUCUUUCACUCAAUCUUGGGGAGCCUAUGAGACUGGAUUUGGCUCACCUUCCUCUGAUUAUUGGAUUGGUUUAGCCACAAUCUAUGCUCUCACCCUACAAGGUAACAAUAAAUUGCAGAUCAACACUCAGGACUGGAGCGGCACUGCAAAAAAUGGGCUAUAUAAUUAUUUUAGUCUAGAAGAGAGAAACACAAGAUAUCGCUUGCAUGUGGGUGGCUAUCACGGUACUUUGAUAGAUGAUCUGUCCUACCACAACAACAUGCCAUUCUCAACUGUUGAUGCCCCAGACCCUUAUGGUUGUGCAGCUGGGACAAAGGCAGGAUGGUGGUACAACUACUGCGCCUACGCCCUGCCCACAGGCAUCUACUACAUUGGUGGCCCCUACAGACCUUCUGGGUCUAUGUAUGACGGGAUUUACUGGAAGGACUGGCAUGGCUAUGACUACUCACUUAAGUACAUUUCCAUGACGCUGUCUCAUUAAAUUGAUCUUCUUGCAGCAAGACUCCUAUCAUUCAGAUUCAUACGUAUUUUGUUGAGCUUUGUAUGAUGUUUCAGAUUGAUGGUUGUUUUCUAUACUUGCUUUUGGACGCUGUAUUUUUAUUUUAAAAGCCUUUAUGUUUUUCAGAUGUCAUCUUUUUGCACAUUAGCUAUUUGGAAAAACUGAUAUUUCUUAAUGCCUAAUUGAAAUAGCCAAAUUCUGUUAUGUUGGCCCUACAAUACUGCAUAAUUUGGAGAAAGUAUUCUCCUUAAAUCAUUGAGAUUUUUUCAGAUCCCCACUUUUUAAAACUUGUUAUUCUAUGCAUUGCAAUUUCCCUUAAUGCAAUGACAAAUUUUAGCAGAUCUGGUUAACACAAAGAAAUUUUGGAACGUUUGUUCCUUCCUCCCUGCUGACUAGUCUCUUUUCCUUUUUUCCCUGUUCACAGUAACCUGCCAUUGUCAGUACACAUCACACAACACGCAUUCAAUAGACAUUGACCCCUCAUUGAGUUGUCUUACCCACUUUCCAUGUGUAGCGGAUGGUGAGAAAGUGGCUUUGUUUUAUGGGUUGGGCUGACAAGACAUGACCAAUUGUCCAAAUUUAAUAGGAACAUCCCUUUUUUUAAAUUUUUAGAUUCUCUUUAUAAUGUGCAGCUAUGAUUUAUUAAUUUCAUGUUUUAUUAUUGGUUUUUGUUCUGAAACUGAAAAUUAGCAUGGGAAUCAUAAUGUAAAGAGCUACAACCUUCCUUGAAUCUCAUUCUGUGCAGUCAAGGUAUCCACAUUAGGUUGAAAUUAAGGUAUCUCUUUUUUCAAUUUCCAAAACCUAAAGCUAGUUUCUGGUCAUGAAAAAUUCGCUUUAGAGAUUUUUUACUGUAUAUUAUGAUCAGAUUUUGAACACAUUUGAACAAAAAUUGUUGAUUAUUAUUGCUAAAUUAAAACAUAUUGAUUUAGAAAAUGCAAUGUUACUGCCAUAGCAGUGUUACCAUGGCAAUGAAAGAUGAAAGUCUAAUUAAUAUACCUGAUUGUCAGUCUAGACGUUUAAAUAAGUCAACUUAAUUGGAAACCAAGAAAAUUUCAGUCAUCUUAGGAGCUCAGAUAAUCUAUAUAUGUAAACCUGUAAUAUUUGCUUCCGUUUUCCACUUUCUGUUUUCUUUUGCUUAUAAACUAAGGGAUGGACGCCACCUGUGAUACUGAUAGAUUUUAUUUCUCAAUUUUUGUCUUUAGUAGUAUAAUUCUUUCUCUCUGUGUUCCUUUUUACCAGCACUAUAGUGCAGUCAAAAAUUUGUGGCGCAACAUAUCCUCAAAUAUCUAUUUAACGGGUAAAUCAGUGUCACCCAUACUUUGCACUGAAUUUUGUGUCAGUUUGUCUCAACUUAAUCGUAUUUUUCCACAACAAUUUAGGCUAGAUUUACUUUUCUUAGUAAUUUAUUGAAAAUAAAAUACUAUAAAUCUCCAUCUCGCGGAAAAUGGAAUUAUGCUCGGCACUUUCCGCUUCUGACAAACAAUUUGCAUAUGCAUAUAUGUAUACAUGUAUAUAAUAUAUGGCCUAUAUCACAGCUCUCCAAUGACACUUUUAGUGGUAAAACUUGUUACUAGAAAAUCAGUUUAUUGAGAACACUUUUUUUGCACCAAAAGGUUUUCAAAGCAUGUGUUUUAAUAAACGUAACGUCGUGAUUAAAAAUAGAUAACGGAUUUCCUUUUAUAAGAGAUAUUGUCCCAGUUGUAAACCUUUUAAAAUCUGUGAUAACUACUCACUGGGUAUAUUAAUUAAAAUACAUUCAGGAAUUUUCUCGAAUAAAUCUAACAGGUGUUUUACCAAAAUAUUGAUCUGUAAAAGCAAAUUGACACAAAUCAUUGUGCAAAGCUGGAGAUGUUAUGUUCACUAGUCGAAGAAAUAUUUGACAAAAAGUUGUUCCACACAGUUUUGGCUGCUCUAUAAAUCACUACUAUUGUGUCAUUAUGUCUCUCUUUCACUCAAUCAAAACUUGGCACUACUUUUAGAAUACAGUAUUUUUAAAUCAGAGCCGUCCCUAUGAUACAUGACUAUGCUCACAUUUAUGUCAUAUAUUUCUGUUUUUUUGCCUAAAUGUAUCGAGUCUAACAUUCCAGAAUUGGUCAGUGCUUGGGUGUGGUGUUGUCCAUUUUGUGCAAGAGUAUUGACUUUCCUGGCCAAAAAAUAAAUCUUUUUCUACUUAA